GUAAGACACUAGCCAGCCGCCGGGCGUCUAAAAAAAACCAAAAAAACGAGUGGAAUACAGCUUUGCCGGCACAGCUGUGAGGCCAGUUCACAGCCCUCCUGCCGUCCCUGAAGCGCUGAGCGGCUCUUGACGCCGCCGGCCCGCCUCUCGCAGCGUUCCCAGGAACGACCCCUCAAGGCGCGCGCCGACACAAUGGCCCCGAAGCGCCGCCGCAGCAAGAAGAAGGAACCAGAAGAGGAGGAGGAGACCGAAUACGUCGAGGGCGCCUCGCAAGAGGAACAGCCCACGAAGAAGUCACGCCGCGACGAGCGGUCUCAAAGACGCUCGCAGGAGGACGAGGCGCCCCCUUCCCAAGAGGAGGAGGAGGAAAAACCUCCAGUAGAGCCGCCCAAGGAAGCCCUCGGCCACGACGCGAACGAGCGGCGCAAGUUCAAGCUGUACGUCGACCAGAUGACCAAAAGUUAUAGAACCGACCCGCACCCCGAGAAACGGAUCAAAUCCCAUAAAGACGACGACGAGGCGCCGGCCGGCGCGAAGAAGGAGAAGGAGCGGGCCGAAGCGCUGGCCGAGGCCGAGUUGGAUGUUUUGGUCAAGAAAAUGGCGCGCUACCUGCUGUUGCGGGGGACGAAGCGGCUACCCAUCGUGAAGUCGAAACUCGGCGAGGUCAUGGGCGACUACCGCAAGAACAGGAUCACGAGCUACGUGCUCCAACGAGCCGCGGACGAACUGCGGAAGACGUGGGGCUACGAGCUCGUGCAGGCGCCCGACAAGUGCGGCGACUACGAGUACAAGGGCAACGCGCGGGAUUCCAUGUACCUGGUGCACAAGAAGAAGGCCCGGGGGCCGGACCACGCCGCGCUGACGACGAACGGGUUGGACGACAGUAGUGCCGCAUCCAGAGGUUUAUUAUUGACAUGUUUGAGCAUAGCACAGGCCCAGGGCGGGUCCGUGCGGGAGACGGAGCUGUAUCGCUUGCUGAAUUCACUAGAUGAGCGCAUCGCGGACGAGCCUCCCGCGAAAACCUCGCAAGCUCGAGGGUCGAUCCCGGACCUCGGGCACGUGGCCAAGCACGUCGAGAGUUACGUACAACAACAGUACCUGGUGGCGUACAAGGACGCCGAGGACGAGAAUUGUUUGCAGCUCGGGCCGCGCGCUUUGGUGGACGUGGGCCGCUUCCAGAUAGCCCAAUUCACGUCGGACGCGCUGGGCCACGAGGCCGUGGACCCGUCGAUCAUCACGGAGAUCCAGGACUCCGUGCGCGACGACGCGGCGGCACAGGCGGCGCAGGGGUGAGUUACAAGGGGGUGUGCUUAC